AUGCUGCGGAUAUGUUCUUUCCUCCUUCUUCUACUAUUCCCACUAGAGUACACUUCCUUCCCUUUAACUAGUCUGAAUUUCUUCGAUGUUGAAUUGGACAAUAAUUCCAAAACUGGAUAUCGACUGAGGAAUGAGGCGGAAACGGGACGAGCAAUCACCUUGUUCUGUCGGAACAGGUGUCUCAAAAUCCGUUCUCAAGUAAAUUAUUCAGAUUGCGCAAUCUCAAAAACAUUCCAAAAUCUAAUAACUGGAGGAUCUUUCAGAUAUCCAACAUAGUCCGAAGUCAUAACGAAAACAACGUGAACAGUUCGGAUGACCGUCUGUACUUUCAAUUCUUUCCUUAUAAGAAACCGAUCGACUUAAUUGAAGUAGAUGAGGUCAUGAAGAAAAAACAAAUCGGACUCUUCUACCACGUUGGGGGAAAAACAUUUAUUUACGAAGGUGAUUACUCCAACAAAGUAUGUUUUGAAUAUUGUAAUUCGACUUUUUGUUUAGAUUUCCGUCUUGAAAUGGUUCAAAUUCUUUGAAAAUCCGAAAGUCUAUCGACCUGAAGAUCAUGUGGAAUUGGAGGCAUUACUAAACAUGGCCGACAGUUGUAAUGAACCCGAUAAAAAAUUAAUAAUCUUGGUGCAAGAUGAGCAAAGAUGCCCGGAUUUCCAUUCGGUCACUAAUCUUGCCCGAGGACUGAAGAAUAACCCUAAUAUAAUAGUCGCCGAAAUGAAGAGACCAUUAACAUCAGAGAUGGAGGCCGUUCUCAAAUGGAGGAUGCCUUCACUUUCAGAUGCAUGCAAGAUGACCAUCUAUUUGAAUAGUCAAACCUACUACGAAACAGAUUCCAAUGCCCACCCAAGUCAAGUAAGUCCCUCUAAUACUACAGUAUCCUUUUUAUUUUAAACACGGUUUUGUAAGGUUGGAGAGCAGUGUCGACGUAAAUUUCAAACUCGUUCAAAUCAGAAAAAAAAUUCUCAGCAUCCAAAAAAACAAUUUUUUGUAAAAAUAUUUUUUGUACAGUACACCCGGUUACGGUAACCUUUCCGAUUUUUUUAAAUAAAAUUACUUAUUGGGUGCUAGGCACAAAUAUUUGAAAAUUUUUGAUUUGAACUAGUUUAAAAUUCACUCGACACCACAGUGUGGACUUGCUCGAGUCUUAGAAAAAAUAUGUUUUUAGAUACAUUCCUCGGUUGUCGAAUGGAAGGCGGAUUGCAAUCAGACAAUCGAAAACAAUCGAAUAAGAUCUAAACUCACGGAGAUUCAAUUGGAAUAUCUGAGUGAGGAACGAUCGGUCCAGAAGAUACAGGACAAUCAAGUUUAUGUUGUUGUAGGCGCUAUAGGUGGCAUAGCAGUGAUUGCAUUGGCUAUUAGUAUUUUCUGGGGAUUACAGUCUGCAUAA